AUGGCCAUCAGAUCGCACAAGUCAUCGGAGCACGACACUAUCACCAAAAGAAUGAAUGUCAUUGAAGAAAUGGCAGGGAUGGAUGUUCUAUGCAGUGACAAAAUCGGAACUCUCACUUUGAAUAAACUCGUAGUCGACAAUACCCAAGUUGAGAUCUUUGCAAUGGAUUGUUAUAAGGAUACAUUGAUUCUAAUGGGUGCAAGAGCUUCAAGAGUCGAGAAUCAAGAUGCAAUUGAUGCAUGUAUUGUAAACAUGCUUGGAGAUGCCAAGGAAGCACGUGCAUGGAUCAAUGAGAUUCAUUUCCUUCCAUUCAAUCCAGUUGAUAAACGAUGA